GGGGGCGGCAGCGGCUGGUCGGCGGCAGCUCUGCGGGUGCGGGGGCGGCGAGCCGAGGACCGAGCGACCGCGGCCGGAGCGCGCCGGCCACCGCCCGCACCGCCCUUCUGCCCGCCCUCCGGACGGCCGCAGCCCUGCGGGUCUCCGCUCCAGACCCACCCCCGCCCCACCCCGCGCGCCUCUGCCGCCUCUUCCUGAGCCCCAGCUUGCCGAGCGGCCGCCGCUGCCGCUGUCGCCGCCGCCGCCGCCACCGCGCCAGGUUCCGGCCGCGGCCACCCUCCGCCGUCCAGGGCCCUUCCGUCCCGGCCCCGGGACCCCGACUCCCCGCCAGCCCCGGCCCCGGCCCCGGCACCAUGUCGGAGAAGAGCGUGGAGGCAGCGGCCGAGUUGAGCGCCAAGGACCUAAAGGAGAAGAAAGAGAAGGUGGAGGAGAAGGCAAGCCGGAAAGAGCGGAAGAAAGAAGUGGUGGAGGAGGAGGAGAACGGGGCUGAGGAGGAAGAAGAGACCGCCGAGGACGGCGAGGAGGAGGAUGAAGGAGACGAGGAAGAUGAGGAAGAAGAAGAAGAUGAGGACGAAGGGCCCGCGCUGAAGAGAGCUGCUGAAGAGGAGGAUGAAGCGGAUCCCAAGCGGCAGAAGACAGAAAAUGGGGCGUCGGCAUGAGCCCCCUGCCAGUGGGCUGGGGGUGGGAGGCCCCUCGGGGGGCCUGGAGGUGAGGGUAGGGACAGCCGAGCACAGCCGCUCUUCACCUGGCUCCCUGCUCUGGGCCCCGCGCCAGAGCUGCUGCCCUCUCUCUCCCCAGCCUUCUCAUGCCGCCCCUCCACACACUGCCCCCUCCAUCCGCACUGCCAUCUUCCACCUCCUGACCUGCUCCAUCUGAGCUCCCCAGCUGGUCCCCAGUGGCCCCUCCCUCCCCCUCCUCUCUUCCUCCAUCCCCGCAGCCAACCCCCCCCCUCCUCCGGGAGCCUCACCCUCCUAACCUCUGCAUCCCAGCCUCACGUCCUGCCCAUCCCUACCCUGCCUGAUCCCUGGGUCUCCCUCAGAUGCCCUUCUCUCAGACAGCGCCAGGCCGGGGUGGGAACAGGGUUGGGGCCGAGCCCCACAGCUGCCCCCCUCCCCUCCCCUUUUUGUAUAAUUUAAUAAAGAAACGGUCGCGCUUCUGUUUUUAA